AUGGAUCUUUAUGGCCACCUCCGCCGACUGCUGCGCCGGUCUGGAGACACAGAGGAGCAGAAGGCGGCCCAAAAACAAGACCCGGCGCCACAAACCCUGGCUGCAGGAACGGGCAGCCACUGCAGCACUUUCUGUGCUGAGCCUCCUGAUCCAGGCACCAAGCGAAAGGCCUAUUCGUCACCCAGGGGACAGCUCGCCCCAAUCAGCAAGGAGGAGGAAAUGCCAAGGAAGACCACAGGCCUUGCUUGCGUGAGGGACAUGGAUGAGGCUGCCCUGAAGAAGGACAUUGGCACCCUCUUCCCAGCACUCCACUCCAUGGUGUGUCAUCUCCCCAGAGAGCACCUGGAGGAGCGGAGAGAGGCCCUGGACUCUCUGGUCCAUCUGGCUCGCUUGUUCCUGGUGGAGCUGCUUGUGUUCCUGUUCAGGAGGCUGAACAAGGACGAGGAAGAGGAGACCUGUGCCAGUCUCUUCAUUCUGGACCGGAUAGUCCGAUCCAACAUUUCUGAAAUGACGCACAAUACCGAGAAGCUGUUCAUAGCCCUGGGGCCAAUCCUGCAGAGCACAAGCAUACGGGUCAGAGAAGCCCUUGCUUAUUUUAUAAGGACAAUGGGGGUGCAUGGGCUCUUGGAGAAAUCUGCCUCAAGACCCUUAAUUGACUUCUUGGUGCGUCAGUGCAUCCUGACCCUCGACAGCACGGAGGAAGCAGACGGGAGGCGCACCAUGGAGCUCGAGGUCCGCCAGCUCUGCUCCAGCACCCUGCAGUCCCUGGCUGACUCCCCCAGAAUGGCCAAUGUUUUAUGGCCUGGGCUGCUCCUUCAACUGAGCCCAGCAGCCCAUGGGCCAGCCCUGCCUCUCCUCCUGCAGACCUCGGUCGAGGUGGUAAAGAGGAUGCAGGAGGAAGGCAGGCUGCCCUUGGCCAGGAGGUGUGGCAAGGCGAACAGAGGGUGUCGGUCAAGCCCCAAGUCCACUCUACCCCAGGAGCUGCUGGCUCGGCUGCUGGUGCUCGGUGCGUCUUCGUUUAUGACGGUGCAGGUCAGAAGGGCAGCCAUGUUCCUCCUCUUCCAGCUCAUGAGCAUGUUCCAGGCCGGGUCGGGCUGGUUCUGGAAUAGCUACAAGACGGAAAUUCUCCUCUAUGUGGAAGAUCACAAGACCUGCUUCUGCCAGAGGGAGUGGGAGCAGCAGCUGCUGCAGUUCCUGGAAGACCUUCUCUUCUUCAUCUCGGACCACACCUGGCUGGGCUGUUUCAUCACUAGUAUCAGGCGCCAGCUGGCCCACGGUGAUAAGCGGCCCGGUGACAAGAGCUUUCUCUACAAGUGCUGGGGCACCGUGCUGAUGUUUUUUCCAGCAGAGAGCAUCAAGCCCCAGCUAUGGCUUCUGGUGGAGAUGGUCGAUUUCCGAGAAGAAGAGGAAAGAGAGGGAUUCGCCCAAGCGCUUGGGCUGUGUGCCAGGCAACAGCUAUACGAGGUUUUCGCCAUCCUGGAGCACUGGGAAGAGUUUGUCAGCAGGGUGCAGCUCCAGCCUUCUGCCGGUGGCUCUCUGGAGGAGCCAGCUUCCAUCGAGCAGCUGAGAAGCCUCCUGCUCCUCACCUAUGGGCACGUGGUCCACUCACACCCCACGGAUCUCAUCCUAGAGACCAUAGGCUUCAAUAUCCUGGCUCCCAUGCGACACCACUAUUUUCUGAGCCCACACGAGAUGCUCAGAGUCAAGGACCGGGCCCGGCUGCAGAGCCCAGAUCACCAGCAUGCCCUGCUGGCCAUCUCAUACAUAGGGAAAUUUGAGCCUCGCCUGUCUAAGGAACAGGAGGCUGAGACCAUCAGCACUUGUAUCACCAGUGCCAUGAUUCAGCGCCCAGCCCUGGCGAAGCUGAGAGGGACUGAGGUGGCAAAAAGCUCCGCUAUCCGGGCAGAGUCUCUCCAAGAACUGCCCUGGGAGGGCCUGGAUCUUGUGCUGCAGACAUUCCUGGAGCAGCACCUGACCCCCACCACGCUACUGCAUCUCUUUCUGCACUUGCAGCCGUGGAUCUGCUCUCCCCGGGCCCAGGAGAGGAGCCGAGCUGUGAGAGCCAGCGCCCGGCUCUUCAUGUUCUACCGCUUCAAAGCCAUCACCGAGGACCUGAAACCCAUGGCAGAGCAGGGCUACAUGGCCGGGCUGCUGACAAGCCAGGCCUUCGAUGCUCAGGAGGCCACCAGAUACUGGGCAUCUCAGGCUCUCUACUGGCUCUUCACGCCUUGCAAAGCUGUCAUGUACACCAAGACAGGGGCGGUGGUGAGCGUGCUGAGCAAGACGCAGAAGGAUGCCAGCUGCAGAGAGAACCCUGUCCAUGUUGCUAUGCUCAUCGCGAAGCACCUGCAGUCGAGUGACCUCAUGCCCUUCAGCUUCACCCUGCUGGUGGGCCUGCUGGAGAAGGAGGAGUGUGCAGACCAGCUGGCGGGCGUCAUGGAGGCGGUGCUUGGAGAGCAAGAAUCAGAGCUGCAGAGCCAAGUGCAGGAUCUCCAGGCGGCUCUUUCCUACACACUGAGCCCACCUCGGGGGGGGCGGCUGAGUGAUGGGACGAGAGACAUUCUCCACCUACUGGCCAGACAACACACCAAGACCGCGGUCAGCAUCCUCCUGAAGAUGCCCUGGCCUUACAAACGCCACAUCAAGGCCAUCUGGAGAUUCCUAGGUGCAGACCCCAUGCUGACCAGGGAGGUACUGCACAUCCUGCUUUACGACAGCCCGGAGAAGGGCCGGGCUAACCCUGGACAGACCCAGGACAGGAGCUGCCCCCAGCCAGCCCGGCUGCCCCCGGCGACCACAUGCAGCCUGUGGGAGCUGAUCGGGGCCUUGGGGCAAGCGGACACGCUGGAGGGACGCGAGGACGACCUGUUCGCCUCUUGCUUCCUCGCCAUCGCCUGCCCCCCGGCACGGCACCUCUCGGGAGCCCAGCAGGACUUGCCCAGUGACACCAGUCCACGCAGCAUGGCCGUGCAGGCCCUGGCGCGGGUGCUGCGCCUCAGGGGCAGUCAGCCAGCUGUGGAACUAAUGGACCAGGAGCGAGGCUGGCAGCUGCUGGAGGAGGCCCAGCCCGAGGGGUUCACUCUCCUUAGCAGGGCCAUAGUGACCCACCCAAACCUGGCCCUGAAGAGCAUCCCAAAGCUUCUCCUUCCCAGCCUCCAGGCCAGCCAGGAGGGCGAACGCAUGGCCUGCACCGCCCUGUUCGCAGAGUUCCUCGGCAGCCCCCUGCUGAUGGAGAAUGAGCCCAAGGCGAUGCGGAAGCAGGUUGUGAAGGCCAUGCUGCAGCGGACAGAGGACAGCAACAUCCACGUUCGAGGCAGAGCGCUGCACGGCCUCAGGAACGCAGUGACCGAGUUCCCGGACAAGGUCAGGAAAAAGCGAGACCAGAUCCUGGAGAGCUUUGUCCGCGCCGUGUGCGAAUGCUGCGACCCCCGCACCAUUCUGGAAGCCAUGGAAGGGCUCUGCUGGAUGCUGCGGGACCCCAAGGCGCCUCUGAAGGCUCACGUCGCCGUCCCGCUGGCCCUGCAGGCGAGAACGUUCUUUGAGGAUGAGAACAGCGACCUGAGGCGGGCCUCCAUGGAGCUCUUUGGCCACCUCAGCAAAUUUGUUUCCAAGAAGUCAUCCCUCUUUGGGGCUGAGGUGGAGAAGAGCAUGGGGACGCUGCUCAUCCACCUACAGGACGGGGACCCCCAGGUGGCCCAGGCGUGCAGGGUGGCAUUGCUGCACUGCGCACCCUUCCUCAGUUACCAGCCCCUGCGCACGCUCGUGCAGAGCCAGCUAGCCGAGGGGGCGGCCCCCGCCAUCCCCGCCUUCCUGAGCGAAGCCUGCAGGACCCUGCUCCAGGACUGCCCAGGGAGGCUGAGCAAGAAGGCUGCCCUGAGAGCAGCAGCUGCCCAGCAGCUGAUAGAGGUGGAAGGUGAUCAUGGCUUGGAGGAGUCACCGGCGGAACAGGUGAACGGAAAAGACUUCGCUCAGAGUUACAACCAGAGCUUUCACAGAACUAAAACCAAAGGAGCUUUUGAAAAAGGUUAUGAACAGACGUUUGCCGAUGAGAUAUUCAUAAUGGAUGAAGCUGUAACCAGGGGCCAGAGACCUGUAUACCGAUUAAAAGAUUACGAGGCAGGGAAUGGCAUAGAUUAUAUGGGUUUAAACAACACGCUGCUGUACCUGUGUUGCAAGAUUAUAAAAGGAGACGGAACUGAACUUGCCAAGGAUGCCGUGGUGGGCCUGGUGAAUUACCCCAUGGCCUCUAUUUUCAGUCAGUUCGAUGUCACGCUGGGAGACCGCCUCAGACAGCUGCAGUUCAUCUCCGGGUAA